AUGCCAUCUUUAACUCCACCACCGCCGCCAGUAAAUAAUCUCGUAGAACAUCCGUUAGUUAAUAUGAUAGCUGGUUAUAUCGUUCAAUUACAAGGCCAUCCGAUGUUAACUAAACAACGUCUUCUAUCAUUACGACAAAGUUUCUUAGUAACAGUUGGCUUUCUUGUUCUCUUAUAUUGUUUAAUUCAUAUUCAAAUCUUGUUCUUUUGGCUACUGAAAUUUCUUUUUCGGUUAUUAUUUAAAAUCUUUUCGCUUAUUUUCUGGCUUCCACUUAGAACUGUUCGUCUAUUACUCCCGAAAUCUGUUGACUACGAUAUUCUAUUUCCACUGUUUUGGUUAUGCUCAAUUGCAUCAUUUUACGUUUCAAAGUUUUCGCACGAAAGCAUUUGUCAAUUCUACGAUGAACAUCUCGUUCGACGAUAUAAAUCUCUUCAAUAUGAUCCAGCAAAACGUGGAGACAUUCGACGAUACUUAUUUAUAGGAACAUUUCUUGUUCUUCUGCUUGUUCAAUGUUUAUUUAUUCUUACACCGAUUGCUUUGUCAAUUCGAAAUCAUCAUGCAAAUUCUAAAGUGUCUUCGACACCUAUGAUUGUGACCCCAACAACGACUGUUCAAACUACAACAGCUAAAUCGGCUGUGAAAGGCGUUGUAGAAACAAUGCGUGCGAACGUCUAUAAACGUUUCAUCAAUGCCUUUACAGACGAUAAUGAAACAUAUGUCAGUGAAAAACGUAAGCCGUUAGUCAGUGAUGAGCAACUUGAAGAAACAGUUAAAUCGCUGCGAAAGACGAUUAAAAGUGGCAUAGAGAGCAUAAAACCAACGGAUAAACCCAAAGAAGUUCAAGAAGAAAAGAAAAGUUCAAGAUUUCAACGAUGGAUUAUUCAUUAUCUCAAAGCACCUUUUCAGAAAUGGGAAAGUAAAAAGCCUGCAGUAAUCAACUCAAAAGAUGAACAGAAUAAAUUAGAUGAUCAAGAAGAGGAGGAAUAUGUGCAAAUCAAUUCCUCCUCUUCACUUUUAGAUGCAGAGGAAAGUGAUCAAGAAGAUGAAGAUGAUAAUGAUGAUGACGACGACGAUGAUGACGACCUGUCAGGAUCUGAUGUCGACGACGACGAAGACGAUGAUGAUGAUAUUCAAGAGGAAAAUGCGAGUAUUAGGGACAAACUGCAACAAGGUUUAGAUUCAGCUAGUAAUUUAGGAGAAAAACUUAAAGACAAACUAUUUUCAUCUUCAAAAGAUAAAGACGACGAUAAUGGUUCUUUGUCAAUACAACAACGUCUAGCUGAAUCAGUGACAAAUAUCAAAGAAUUAAAAAAAAAGUUCUCUCCUUCGACGACUAACGAGGACGAAGGUUCAGAUUCAGAUGACGAGCUAAUAGAAAAUGCUAAAACUAUAUCUCAAGCAGUAGAAGAUAAAUUACAAAGCAAAUUACAUUCAUCUAUUGAUGCUUAUGAUGAAGAUGAAGAAUCUGGAUAUGAUUCGGAUGAUGAAGGAGAACAAUUCACAACAUUAACUGACAAAGCGAAAGAAACUUUAGGAGAAUCCGUGGAAAAAGUCAAAUCGAAUGUCAAAGACAAAGUUGUCUCUGCAUUGGAAAAUGACGAUGAAGCAGUCGUAUCAAUUUCUGAUAAAAUCAAAGAGGGGUUAGGUAAACCAGUCGAAGUGGUGAAAGAAUUCGGCGAAGAUGUAAUAACUAAUGUUAAAAACAAAUUAUCAUCACCCGCCGGCAAUGACAAAGAAGAAGAAGAAGAUCCAUCGAUGAUGAAUCGUGCACAGGAAGCUGCAGAGAAAGUUAUCUCCGUUGCCAAUGAACUCAGACAUAAAACCGUUGAUAUUCUGGAUACUGCCGAAGAAUAUGCAGAAAAUGCAGUGAAACAGUCCGCCGAGUUCAUCGUCAAGAAAGCAAAAGAUGCGAAAAAACGUUUACCAAAACCGGAUAAAGUUAUUUCAAAAAUAAAACACGACGUCGUUGAGCCACUGGAAGCCGAAGCUGCCAAAUUGAAAAAAGAGCUGGAAACGAAAGCUGACCAGAUAAAAACAACCGUCGUUGGUAAGAUCAAAGCUUUGAAAAAAGAAAAGAAACCCAAAACAUUGAGCGAAAAAGCAAAAGAGAAAUUGCAAUCCAUCGCUGACUCGAUUCAAGAAAAACUUCCAGGUAGAAAGAAGAAAGUAAAAGAAGCAAAACUACUCGAUAAAAUCGCAUCGAAACUACAGCUGAAAAAUCGAAUUAAUGGUUGGUUUGAUGAAGCUUGGAAUAUUUGGCAUCUAGCAAAAUCUAAUUUGGCCCAUAUCUUUAUUUCUUCAACAAAACAUGCACGACAUUUACCGCGCUACAACAGUACAUCUUUGUAUACAGCAUAUACAGAUGUGAAAUGUUCUCCUUAUGCCAGAAAAUUAAAUCGUUAUCGACUUGGUAAACAAUCCUAUCUGUAUUUUCUCGAUACAUAUCGGCGACAUUCACCAUUUUUGGUUUAUCUAUCAAUCUUGAAAUCAAACGGGCCGAAAUGCUAUCGCCAUUAUCCAGAUUCUUCAUGUGCAUUGAUACAAAAGAUUCCGAAAGGAAGCUUCAAAGCGAAAAUCUAUCGUUUCGUUCGAUUUUGGGCGUUGAUGGGUUUGAUUGGUGUGAUUCUCAGUGCUAUCUAUAAAUAUUAUCUAAGUUUGCCAAAAUCCCAGUCAUCAUCACCAUUCCGUCAACACAGAGACUUCGAUCGAUCAACAGAUAGAAAACAAACAACAAGAACGUCGUCAUCACCAUCGAAGACUGAUCUAUCCAAAACAACGCAAAAGACAUCAUCCGAUAAUGAAAACAAUACUUCAGCGAAUAAUAGCACUCAACCAUUAGACCCAACAAUUGAUCAACAACUUCAAUUAUGGCUCCAACGCGAACAAAAUGAUGGAUUUCGAAAUCUUAGCGAAACAUGUCGUCUAGCAAUUAAUAAUACAUUUCUAAAACAGCUAGACCGACUCAGCGUGGAAACUCUGCAAUUUGCUAAUGCGAAAAUUCAUAAUGUUUCUCAAAAUAAUAAUAACAGAACUACUGAAACAACUGCUGAAAAGAUCAUCAUCAAUGCAGUGCUCGAUAUUGAUCAUUUGACUUUGAAUAUGGUCCAUACAUUCAGAGAACAACAUUUCUCGGUGGAAACACAGAAAUUAUCUGGUCAAAUUUAUAUUUUAUUAGUUGUUAAUACCAAUCAGUAUUCAAUUGAAGCUAAUCUUCAACAACUUCACAUUUACCCUGUUAACAUUAUUGAUUCGAAUCAUGCUUUAUCGGAAAGUGACAAACAAAAUCUUGUUAAAUUAUUAGACGAGACAAUCAGUCGAACUGUUGUUCGAUGUUCGUUUCGUCUUUCUGAUGCUCAAGAAGCUCCGAAUGCAACUCAUCUUUACAAUUCUUCAACAAUAUCUCCUUCGGGAGCAACUAAACCGUCGACAUCUUCUGCACAACUUACCACAUCAUCUAUUCAAACAACUACGUCUCGUUCUCCUCAAUUAAACUCAGCUAAAUAUCAGCCAAAUGACUCUAUACCCACUGUAUUAAUCAAUAGUACACAUCCACCUUCAUAUACAAGUGAUUCAUUGAUCAACAAAGAAUCGAAAAGACUACUUGUUCGUAUUGUCAAAGCAGUGAAACUACAUGAUGUUGAGCAACCUUAUUGUAUUCUCGAGUUAAAUCAUCCUCAACAAGUUCAGAAAACAAGUAUAGCUAACAAUGGUCUCAAUCCCUUUUGGGAUGAACGUUUUCUUUUCGAAUGUGAUGAUAAAAGUAAUCAAAUACAUUUACAAAUCAUCGAUCGAAAACAAGCAAUUAAGCGAACAGGCAAUAACUACGUCGACACAGUUCAUGCGGAUGUUUUGAUACCGUUCUCCUAUGUUCAGAAUACGAUUUACAAGCAAGAUGUUCAAUUCAGCCCACAACAUCCCGAAUCCAUUAUUCGGCUUGAGUUCUCAACAUUAUCUGAAGAAGAUGCAUUAGCUGCUAGUAAUGGCUACGAUGUCGAAAGUCUAACUGACAGUCAAAAUUGGACAUUUAAUGACCGAGAAGGAAAUCGAAUUGAUCAAGAAUAUCCUCAUCAAUUUCAACAAUCAACAUCGAAUGAUUUCUUAACGUCAUCGUACGAUGUUGGAAGUUUACCAAAACACUAUGGUCUAUCUUCGACUAUAUACGAUGACGAACGUGAUUAUGCAUCAACAAUUCCUCGAACCACUGGUGCGAGCCCGUAUUCCCCAUCGACGCCGUUAACACCUCGAGAUGGCGCUGGCCUUACAGGUGAUAAACCACAAAAGUCCAAGUCAUUUAUGAGUUCUCUGAAGCAUUUAACAUUACCUCGACGAAAACAUAACAAGAACAAGUAUGAUACGAGUAUGGGCUCUCAAACAAGCAGCAUCACACAUUUAAACACUCCUCUGCAAUCACCGCCGACAAAUUUAACAUCGCACAGUUUGUCAUCUGCUCUACCAGGACCAUAUCCCGAAUAUUUUCUGUCGAAUACAAUGGAGUCAACACCAAUCCGUCGUAGUCGUUCAAUAUCCCAAUCAUUCAGAAAUCUGUUUCGUUCGAGUUCAAAGAAGAAAGCGAUGGCAGCCAGAGCUGAUGCUAUGGGUGAAUUCGAGAAUGGCACGCACAACUAUGUUAGUGAUAAUCGUAGUCAUUUAUCAACAUCGGUUCCAACAUCCAAGAAACUUUCAUUUUUGCAACGACGAAAAUCAAAACAAAAAGCGAAGAAUCAAUCAACGAAUUCUCUCUCAAGUUAUGACUGUUCAAGUGCUUCCUCAAUGGAAUCUGUGCGCGAUACACCUAUCCGCGCUAACGUUGGCCAUCCAGUGACGAUGACAAAAUCACUUGUACGAUGA